UAUUAAUAUAUGAGCUCAAAAAUCUUAGUCAACUCAUUUUAUACCAACCAAAAUAUUUGGGAUGGUGACUGCCAAGCUAUUGAAGAGGAUGAUUGUACUCCUCAGAUUCCUAAUGCAACCAGACAAUUUAUGAACACUUUGAAAGAUAACAAAGGCAAGGUCAACAAGAAAGAUUUCGAAGAUGGAUAUUGAAACACUAAUCCUACCAUCGGACCCUGAGGUCAAGAAGAGCCUUCUACCUCUCAGAUCAUCACCAAGAACUCUGAAAUCAGAUUAAAGUAUAAAAAAAGAUGGCAAUUUUUGAAGCCGAAGACACAUUAUGUGAGUUUGCCAACAAACUGGAUCGAUCAAAAAUCGGACAAGAAGGAACUCCAAGCUCUCAGAAGAGUUCCUUCAAGUGAUAUUCUAAGGUCUUUGCUUCCUUAGAUAAGCUUCCCAAGAGUAUGGAUGCUUAAAUAUUUCCUAAUUGAUCAUAACUAAUUUCUAUA